GUGGACAGCUUCACGCUUCCGGUGUUGUUUCCGGUUAGCUGGCGCAUCUGCAGCAUCCGAAGCCGCAGACGGACUCGCCAUGAAUAACACCUUUAUAACGGACUGAAUUGUGUUUUUCCGCUUAAAUCAAACCGCACACGGUAACCGUUAACCGGCAGGGUUCCGACAGCGCCGCGCGGAUGAAACGUUUCUCUAGUUUGCGCGUAUUUAGCAGGGAUGCUAACGUUAGCGCUUAGCUGUGCUGAAUUUAAAUUAUUAAUAUAUUUUUACCAAAUAAGAGAUUAAUUUAAAUGACUUUGAGCGUUUAGUGUUGGAAGAGCCAUUUGUUUAAAUAUUAAACGCAUGACCUCAGUUUUUAUUGUGCUAAGUCAGUUAUUUGAACGACUGCACAGCUGGUUGAUGAUGGAGGGUUUGACUUUCAUCCAUCAAAACAAUCAUAUCUGUAUAUCUUUUUGCUGUUGAUGUUUUUAAGCUGGAUUUAAAUAAUAUACCGUGAUAUCGUCCGUUAUUGACAUCAAACAUACAUCAAUCAAUCAAUCAUAUCAGAGCAUCUGAUUCUCUAAUGUUUUGUGUCUGAUCAUAGUCAAAAAGUUGCUUUAAUUUAGUGCACAUACUGUCUGUCUAUUUUGCAUACACGGUUCAUUUAAACUGUGAUUGGCACCUGAUUUGGGCUUUGAGUCCAUGUUUGACAGUCAGAUCUGAUCUGAACCUCAGGCACCAGAACAGCCAACUUGAGUAUUGAUUUGUUGAUCUAAGAGUCAAAGUAGAAGAUAUCUGAAACACGAUGAAGAAGUUUUUUGACUCCCGGAGGGAACUGGUGGGUUCUGGACCUGGUUCUGGAGGAGCAGCUGGAGGUUCUGGGUCCAGCAGUGGUGUUGGUGGGAACUUCAUCGGGCGGGCUUUUACUGUGGGUAAACACCAGGUGACUGUUGAAGAGACUUUAGCAGAAGGUGGGUUCGCUAUCGUGUUCCUGGUACGCACAAGUCAGGGGGUGCGCUGUGCCCUGAAAAGGAUGUAUGUCAACAAUGAGCAUGAUCUGCAGGUCUGCAAGCUUGAGAUCCAGAUCAUGAGAGAUCUGAAUGGUCAUAAGAAUAUUGUGGGGUUCCUGGACUCCAGCAUCACAGCUGUUGGGGGUGGAGAUGUUUGGGAGGUGUUUAUCCUCAUGGACUUCUGCAGAGGUGGUCAGGUGGUGAAUCUGAUGAAUCAGCGCUUACAGACUGGUUUCAGUGAACAGGAAGCUCUGCAGAUCUUCUGCGAUACUUGCGAGGCCGUCGCACGUCUGCACCAGUACAAAACUCCCAUAAUCCAUCGCGAUCUCAAGGUGGAAAAUAUCCUUCUCCAUGAUCGAGGACACUAUGUUCUGUGUGAUUUUGGCAGCGCCACUAUGAAGUUUCAAAACCCUCAAACUGAAGGAGUGACUAUUGUGGAAGAUGAAAUCAAAAAGUACACAACCUUGUCCUAUCGUGCCCCAGAAAUGGUGAAUCUGUAUAAUGGCAAAAUCAUCACCACCAAAGCAGAUAUCUGGGCCAUGGGUUGUCUGCUGUACAAGCUCUGUUUCUUCACGUUGCCUUUCGGCGAGAGUCAAGUUGCCAUAUGUGACGGCAGCUUCACAAUUCCAGACAAUUCACGCUAUUCCCAAGAAAUGCACCGGCUCAUCCGCUACAUGCUGGAACCGGACCCUGAUAAGAGGCCUGACAUUUAUCAGGUGUCUUUCUUUGCUUUCAAACUGGCUCGGCGGGACUGCCCUGUCCAAAACGUCAAGAAUUCUCCCAUUCCUGCAAAACUCCCUGAGCCAAUCCGAGCAAGUGAAGCGGCGGCGAAAAAGAGCCAGACGCAAACCAAGGCGAGACUUACAGACCCCAUUCCCACCACUGAAACCUCCAUCACUCCACGCCAGCGGCCCAAAGCGGCACAGUCCCAGCCUCAGGCACUAGGGGGCAUCUUGCCAAUCCAGCCUGCUGCCCUUACACCACGCAAAAGAGCCAACAUUCCCGCUGGGACCACCCAGCCUAUAGCCGUCAGUGUUAACCUGGCUCAGCCGGCCGCAGCGCUGCAGUCUCAGAAAGCGCCUCCCGUCCCUCAGCAGAAAACGCCCAUGCAGCCGAUCUCAGUCUCGGCCACAGCCGUAGCGGGAGGAAGCGUUCCAGCUGCAGCCAGCGGUCCCGCCCCUCUGAAAGCCACAGCAACUCCUCCCCCAUCCAGCCCAGCUCCGCCCACCGCACCUGCGCGGAGUGCACGUCGUAAACAAGCAUCAGUGGUUCAGCAGCCUGUUACCGGGCAACCCACUGCCGUUCAGCCGUCUGGUGCACCACCCCCUGCACAGGCGGAGCCUGCAGCGGUUCCGCCCACUGCCCAGCAAGCAGCGCUUCAAACUCAGCUCAGCCAAGAAAAAGCUGAAGAGAGGCCUGCCGCCCCUGGCCUAUCCCAAACCCCUCCCUCUUCUCCAAGGACAGCCCAGAAGGCGGGGCAUAGGCGCAUCCAGAGUGAUGUCACCCACAGCGCCAUGUUCGGAGUGCCAGUCAGUCAGUCCACUCAACAACUGCAGGCAGCCACAGCAGAGGCCAGCCUAAACAAAUCCAAGUCAGCUAGCACCACCCCAUCAAACUCGCCCCAGUCUUCUCAACAAAGUGUAUACCAGCCUGUCCAGCAGGGUAACGUAUCUACCCCUCAGGAUUCAGCCGCUAGCUUGACCAGCCCCCCGGAACAACCCUCCUGGAAUCCCUUUGGCGACGACAAUUUUUCCAAACUCACAGCUGAGGACCUGCUUAACAAAGACUUCACUAAGCUAGUUGACGAACCCGUGGAACCUCUUAUUGUCACUGAAAGUCUUAUUCCUGGGCUGGAGGCCGCAGAACCCGCUCCCUUAUCUGCUGCUGAAAGACCUGUUGACAUUAUGGGUUUGGAACCGGGCGCUGGUCUGCUGGCUGUGCCAGAAAAGCUUAUCGAGGGCCUAAAAUCUCCAGAUACCUCUCUCAUGCUGCCCGAUUUGCUGUCCAUGGCCGACCCUUUCGGCAGCUCCAUAGAUGACACAAGAGAUGGCAAUACAGAAGUGUGUUUGGACUCACUGAUUCCUGGUUUGGAUCCUCCCCGGUCACAGCUGUACUCUGCAGAGACAGAGGCGCCAUCUGCAACGCUAGCAGAUCCAUUGAUUGCAGAAGACUCUCUGCUAGGCUGUUCUCUUUCCACUGGCCCCGCCUCCUGUCUGGACGAUUUCGCACCUGUCUCAGGAGGCCCCUCCCAGAACACACCACCAGCUGCGGACUCCUGUUUGAUCUCAGGCUUUGAUCCUCCGGCCUCUGAAACAGCCAAUGACGAUGAAUUUGACCCCAUACCGGUACUCGUCUCCAAAAACUCCCAAGGAGGUCACUCUCGCAGUAACAGUGGCAGCUCCGAGUCCAGCCUGCCCAACCUGGCCCGCUCCCUGAUGCUGGUGGACCAGCUCAUCGACCUCUAGACCUUACCGAUAUUUCUGCUGCGCCGAAGACGACGUGGCCACUGCAGUCUUCUGCCUUGAAUCACAAAUCUCUCCUGCUCUUUGAAGUUUUCUCCUCCAUCCUCUUUCAUGGUCCAUUUCUUUCGUUAAUCAUAUGAAGUUCUCCCUCCACUUUGAUUUUAUAUUUCUUCAUCACCCUCUUGCUUCAGUUUCUUACUUACAUAAUAUGUUUUACAUUCUUUUCCUGCCAGUAAUGUCCAUCUUGUCUAUCAUCAUCAUCAUCAUCAUUGCUUUUUUUAUUUAGACGUAUUCAACGUCCCUUUUCUCGCACCUUACAGUUUACGUUCCUGAUGAGUUUCGUAAAAGUUAUCUCGAAAAUCACGUUUUCUCGGUGGAGACGCACACGUAGCUUUCACACGUUUUACUUGCAAGCGGGUGAUAGCAAAGUCCAGUGUGAGCUUCAAAGAGUAGAUAUUUGUGAAAAUCCUUCUUUUGUCCUUUGCAGCUCGGCUUCGCAAACAAUCUUAACUGUGUCUUCUGUAACACAGAUGAAGUUCGUCUCCAGAUUAAACACACAAUGUUUUAAAGACUCGUGCAGUUGGUUCCUUGCAAACAGAGAUUAAAGUACAAAGAGAAGCAAAUGUUUACAUAGAGGGGAAUUUUUCAACACAAUAUUUAUCGACCGGCAAGCACAGAUCGCAAGAAUUUACGUUUUACGUGUAUUGCAUUUGGCAGACGCUUUUAUCCAAAGCGACUUACGUUUUAUCAGUAUGUGUAUUCCCGGGAUUCAAACCCACAGCCUUUGCUCUGUGUAACACGUGUACCUUAACCAGACAGACUGCAGGGUAUAGGAAGAUCUUAGUAUUUCAAGUAUAUCAUUGUAAAAAAAUAAACCAAGUUCUUUUUCUUCCUAAAAUACGCUACAAAUCUAGAAGUUCUUCUUUCUCAUCGACGACACCCGUUUACUCUUCCCAUUCCCUUCCUACCACCCUGUUCAUCGUUAUUUCCAUGUAAAUAGCUCUAUUGAUGUUGUACGUUGGCUGAAAACGAUGUAAAUUGUUGUAUAUCUGCAGUAUCUGACUCCAUCCCUACAAAAGUGAUUUGUUCCUGAUUUGCUCCUGUGUAUAAAGCGUCUAUCCCAGUUCCUUCGGAAACGUGCAUCCUGACCCGUAGUCUACAUUAUGAGAGUAAUUUAAAAGAAAUAUUUCAUAUACAGUUAAGAUUAUAUGUGAAUAUGAAUAGAGUUUUAGAGAAUGAAUGUAUGAAACGAGUAUCCAUAUAUAAAUGCAGAUACGUGUAUCAUAUGAAACUUAUUUAAGAAAAAAAACUAUCUCUUCGUUCUGUGUUGAGCUGUGUUUGCGAAAUCGUUGGUUUCAUCUUUUAAUGGCCAGGUCACGAUCGAUGAACAGACUAAAGUCAGACAAAGGACAAUCUUCAGAUCUCCCUGUGAAAUGCACUCGCACGACUAUGUGCGAUUGAAAAGUAGGUGCAAAAAGGCUGGAUUUGUUUUUGUUGCCCUUUCCUCUGAUUUUUAUCAUCAACUGGUUGUAACAUGCGCUACAAUCUCAAAUCUUCAAAGGAUUUUCUGGGUUUUAUUUCAAUCAAUGGCAUUUGUGGUAUAAUGUCAAGAAAACAAAAAAAAUCACUGUUACAAUAAGACACUUACAAUAGACCUAAUGGCAGCCAUGCAGUAAACAUCAUUAAAAUACACAAUUCAUGCUUUCUAGUGGGUAUAGGGCCCUGUUUACAUGUGGUAUUAAGGGCGCGCAUAUAUUAUAUUUAACCAAACUGAACCGAAUCCAAGUGGACGAUGCUCAAUAUUUUUCCAUCGGUUCUGACUUCGAGCGUGAACCUACAGUGUUCUUUGUGGCCUUUAGGGGGCAUGUAGACCAAAGCAUUUAAACGUGACUGAAAACGCCAGGCGGAUGCCAACUGUGGGCACAUGCCAAUUGUGGGCACUUGCCAUAGCUAGGCUCUUUGGUUGCUAUGAUACUUCUGUUCUGUUUAUCAAUCGUUGUACAAUGCGCCGGUUGGCUAUUGUGGUAUUUGUCCUGCCCCUUCCUCCACUGCGAUUGGACAGCCAAGUGAAAUGUGACAUUUACGAGCUAAUCGUCGAAAGUUGAAAAUUUUUCAACUCUGCAUGGAAAAAACAGAGUGCCGGUGCUCAGCGCGGACAAAACCACUCUGCGUUUCCAUUUGAAACAGUUGACAACAUACGUAACGGUACAUU